CAUUUUUUGUCAUGUUCAAUAUGUCUUCUAUUUUCUGACCCUCUUCCCUCCUCCUCUUCCUCCUCCACCUCCACUCUUCCUCUUCUUUCUCCUUCCCCUCCCCCCAGGUAACCGUAUAGUGAUGGGGAAGAACCAUGUGUUCCGGUUCACCCACCCAGAACAGGCCCGUCUGGAGAGAGAACAGAGAGAGAGGAGCAGUACCAGUCCCAGCCACCAGGAGACCGAAUGCACUGCCAACACAGGCCUCCAGGGGGAGCCAGAGGACUGGACCUACGCUCAGCGAGAACUACUGGAGAAACAAGGGAUAGACAUCAAACUGGAGAUGGAGAAGAGGCUGCAGGACAUGGAGAUUCAGUACCGGAGGGAGAAGGAGGAGGCUGACCUGUUACUGGAACAACAGAGACUGGUGAGACUGACUGACCUGUUACUGGAACAACAGAGACUGGUGAGACUGACUGGCUGACCUGUU